UUCUCUUCGUUAUCUUUUUUAUGGUGUAGGAGCGCUCAGCCAUGAUGUAUAAAUUUUAUCCUGAACUCUACUUACCGAGUACGGAUGGAAAGAAGUUGUGUCCAUGGAUAAGAAAGAGGGAGAGGCGAAAUUUUUGUUCAGCUGCCUACCGUUAAAGCGGCACGGUGAAAGGGAACGAGGGCGCGUCGUGAGGGAACCCCGAGAACAGCAACGCGGAAUGAUUGGAAGAAAAAGGGAAUGGAUUGGCUGCGCGGUGGGACCGAACGUCGAGAGCAGGAGGACAGCGGACUGGAGGAAGCGACAGUGGCUGCAACCAUGGCGCUGACCGGGAGAAUACGUAAGGGGGCAACAGCCAAAUAGAGCGUGUACGACCUGGUGGGGCUCCCAAACAGAUUGCGUUGAGUGGGCCUGUUGAUCAACAAACCAGAGAUGACGGAAUCGCACUGGGACGAAGGGUUGGCCACCCAAGAGCCGCUAGUGGAGCGCUAAGUCAGUGAGAGUCUGAGUGAAUCCAUGGAUGAGCGCGACCGUCUGUCGCUGCUUUUGCCGCCCGCCAGUCGCCGGGCCCAGCCCCCCCCUGACGCCAGCACUCUCGGGCAACUGUGAGUCAGCCUAUAUAAAGGCCCAACCUCCCACUUUCUGAUGCUCUU